AUGAAGGUGAAAGUAAUAUCACGCUCCACAGAAGAAUUCACUAGAGAACGAAGUCAAGAUCUUCAGAGAGUGUUUCGCAAUUUCGACCCAAAUCUUCGAUCUCAAGAGAAAGCAGUCGAGUAUGUUCGCGCUCUUAAUGCAGCUAAAUUAGAUAAGAUAUUUGCUCGGCCAUUUAUUGGGGCAAUGGAUGGGCACAUUGAUGCAGUCUCGUGUAUGGCAAAAAACCCAAGUCACUUAAAGGGAAUAUUUUCUGGUUCUAUGGAUGGAGAUAUUCGUCUUUGGGAUUUGGCUAGAAGGCAGACAGUUUGUCAGUUUCCUGGUCACCAAGGCGCUGUACGGGGUCUGACAGUAUCUACAGAUGGUCGUGUUCUUGUAUCAUGUGGGACUGAUUCCACGGUCCGGCUCUGGAAUGUUCCUGUUUCUUCUAUUAUGGAGUCUGAUGACUCAUCUGACAGCUCAGCAAAGCCACUAGCAGUCCAUGUUUGGAAGAAUGCGUUCUGGGCUGUUGAUCACCAAUGGGAUGGAGAUCUCUUUGCUACAGCUGGAGCUCAAGUAGAUAUAUGGGACCACAACAGGUCUCAGCCUGUCAACAGUUUUGAAUGGGGGAAAGAUACUGCUAUAUCUGUUCGCUUUAAUCCUGGAGAGCCUAAUUUAUUGGCUACAUCAGCUAGUGACCGGAGCAUAACAAUAUAUGAUUUACGAUUGUCAUCUCCGGCGAGAAAGAUUAUCAUGAGGACAAAAACUAAUUCUAUAGCAUGGAAUCCCAUGGAGCCAAUGAAUUUUACAGCUGCAAAUGAAGAUUGCAAUUGCUACAGCUAUGAUACUAGAAAAUUGGAUGAAGCUAGAUGUGUGCACAAAGAUCAUGUUUCUGCAGUGAUGGAUAUCGAUUAUUCACCAACUGGCCGUGAAUUUGUAACUGGAUCUUAUGAUAGAACUGUGAGAAUAUUCCAAUAUAAUGGUGGUCACAGCCGAGAAGUCUAUCAUACCAAGAGAAUGCAAAGAGUAUUCUGUGUCAAGUACAGUUGUGAUGCAAGUUACGUUAUCUCUGGGAGUGAUGACACCAAUCUUCGACUUUGGAAGGCUAAAGCAUCGGAGCAAUUGGGAGUUCUUCUGCCAAGAGAACGUAAAAAACAUGAAUAUCUGGAGGCUGUCAAGAAUCGUUACAAGCAUCUUCCUGAGGUUAAGCGCAUUGUCAGGCACAGGCACUUGCCAAAAGCAAUAUACAAGGCUGCUUCCCUCAGGCGUAUUAUGUCUGAAGCCGAAAGAAAGAAAGAAGAGAGGAGGAGAGCCCAUAGUGCCCCCGAAGCAUCAAUGGCGCCAAGAGGCAGAAUCCGAAAGCGCCGGUUAACGAGAAUGGAUGCGGCUAUUGACGCCAUGACUCCAUAUGGAUUCUCGGAAGAUCUAACAAGGAAGAUAGCAAGAGAACUUCUCAAGGAAUAUGGGGGAGAUGAAGCAUGGUUUUUCAUUGAGCAAGACACAUAUGAAGUACUACGCGAGGCACUUCUGCGCGAUGUAGAAGAAAAUGAUCGAGAGAUAAGUGCACAGGAUGAAAACCACACGAAGAAUGAGUCGAAGGAUGAAACAGCAGCAGGGGCUUGCGGUGCAGCUACGGACUCCCCACAAGAUGCUGAAAUACCUGACAAUGCUCCAAUAGAUGCUGUGGGUUCCUCUUCUGUUGUACAUCUUACGUGUGCUGAAGGUGUCAGUAUUUCAUCUGGGAUUGAUUCAGCUGAAGAAAAUGGAAGGGACUGGAAGGAUAUCGGCUUGGAUCAGUGUGAUGAUCUGAGAACUGGAAAGGGUUCAAUCCCUUCACCAUUAAUGAUUCCUUCCCCGAUCCCAACCCCGAGGCGUCGUGGACCGUGCUAUGGUUGGCUUGAGAGUGAUGAGGAAAACAACCCGAAUGAUAUCAUCUCUUUCCUCGUGCAAGUAGAAUCAACACCAACAGUAGAAAACUUUUCUCGUGUUGGGACUAAUUCGAAGGCCAAGCGCAAGUCAAGAUGGGACGUGAAACCUGAUGAUCCCUAA